CGUGCAAUAACGUGAACACGAUAUAGCAACGUCACAUGCAAGCGCAGCAGCUUCAGGAUGCGCUGGAGUCAACUGCACUUUUUGUGCUAGGGUCAGCCCCAAUGAGCUUUCUGGUGGACUCCUUUAACGCUUUUCUCGAGCUGUUAGGGGCACCGGUACCUCCAACAGAUGCGGAACAGCUGGCAACUUGGAUUGCGGCAACCAUGUCGACCCUGGCGUCUUACUACAUUUUAUUCGGGCAAAGGCACAAACGCCGCCGUGAGCACCUCUACACGGAGCUUCGGCGAGCUCAGCUGCAGGUUGCGAGGCUGGAGGAGAAGCUUCUCGAAGCAGAGGGGGAAGAAGACAGCGAUAAGGGUGGCCGAGAAGUCCGAAUCUGGAUGGACGGGGCAUUUGAUAUGAUGCACUAUGGUCACAUGAACGCUUUUCGACAAGGGAAGGCGUUAGGCACGCACCUUGUGGUUGGGGUCAACAGCGACGAGUCCAUCGCCAAAUGCAAGGGCCCACCGGUGAUGAAUGACCAGGAGCGUCUUACAGCAGUGGAGGGCUGCAAGUUCGUCGACGAAGUUGUUCCGGGGGUACCGUACGUAAUGAGCCCGGAGUACCUCGAGUACGUUAUCGACAAGUACCGCAUUGACUUCGUGGUGCACGGCGACGACCCUUGCAUCGUCGACGGGAAGGAUGUCUACGAGGCUGCCAAAGCAAGGGGCAAAUACCGUUCUAUCCCGCGGACGGAAGGUGUCUCAACUACGGACAUUGUAGGGCGUAUGCUGCUACAGAGCAGAAGCCACCAUUCUCUGCGCGGAGGAGAACAGGAGAUUCCUCGCUUGGCAUCCUUCAAUCGUCGGCGUGAGCCAACACAGGUGCGAUCGAAGUUUCUCACGACAUCGUGGAUGCUUCGGCUUUUCUCUGCUGGAGUACAAGCCCCGCCAAAGGGUGCCCGAGUGGUAUACAUUGACGGUGAGACUGCUACGAUUGCGUUCAUUUGUGAAACCUGCUGUGUUGUUCGGGUGAUCACAGCGUCAAACUCAAUACGGAACCCCUUGGCGCCGUUGAAAGAUCACUCAUCGGCUGGAAUUCCCUCUCGUCGCCUAGGUGCAUGGGACAUGUUUCACGCCGGGCAUGUGGCAAUCCUCAAGCAGGCCCGGGAUUUCGGGGACUACCUGAUCGCGGGUGUACAUAGCGACGAGGUGGUAAAUGCCCAGCGCGGCCUCAACAUGCCCAUCAUGAACCUCAACGAACGAGUGCUAAGUGUGCUUGGCUGUGCGUACGUCAACGACGUCUUGAUUGAUGCACCGUUACGGAUGACAAGGGAGAUGAUUGCGUCGCUCAAUAUUAGCGCUGCAGUACAUGGGACCGUGGACGACAACAUGGCAGUGCACGCAACGGGGGAUGAAGGCGGUCAAGGUCAAGAGGCUACCAAGUUCUCGCCGUACGAGGUGCCCAAGGAUAUGGGCAUCUUCCACGAGAUCAAGAGGCAAGUCGACUCUUCAACCCUCACGGUCAUGGAAAUUGUUGGGCGCAUCGAGGCCAAUCAAGAACUGUUCCAGCGAAAAUACGCCAAGAAGAUGGCAGCAGAAGACGAGUAUUACAAGAAUCGGUACAAGCUUACGCCGAAAGACGCAACUUCAGCGUCUUCUUGAUUCUGCGUCUUGUGACAGGGGUUUGCC